AUGUCAGACCCAAGAGAACUAAUUGCUGAAGCAGAGAAACUACUUAAGCCACAGCUGGGGUUUUUUCUGUUUAUAUCGGGCCUGUCUCAAUCUAUUCGUAAAGAAGAUGCAACUGAUUUAUACAUUCAAGCCGCUAAUAGUUACAGAUUGAAGAAGGACUUCAACCAAGCGGGCAACCAAUUUGUAAAGGCAGCGGAAGUGCAAGAGAGCUUGAGCAACCAUAAUGAUGCUGCAAAUCAUUUGGUUGAGGCGUACAAAUGUUACAAGUCAACAUCUCCUACCAAUGCCAUUGAUGCAUUGUCGAAAGCAAUCCACAUUUUUUUGACCCAAAAUGGACAAUUCAGAAGAGCCGCUAACUUCACCAUGGACUUGGCUGAAUUGUAUAAAGGUGUUGGGGAUACCGCUAAUGCCAUCAAGAGUUACGAGCAGGCUGGUGACUACUUUACAACAGAUAACGCUGAAGCUCUUUCAAACAAGGCAUUCCUUAAAUGUGCAGACUUAUCGGCGGCAAGCGGUGACUACAAGAAGGCCGUUGAAUUGUACGAUGUUGUGAUUAAAAACCUGUUGAACAACUCUUUGACAAAAUGGAGUUUAAAAGACUAUUUUUUCAAAUCUCUAUUGUGUGUCUUGUGUACUGAGGAUGUGGUGGAAACAGAAAAAAGGAUGGAAAAGUAUUCGCAGGGUGAUCCCAAUUGGCCUGAAACCAGGGAAUACAAGUUAAUCGAGGGAAUUUUGGAGAGCAUCAACAAUGGUGAUGUCGAGGACUAUUCCGAUAAAGUAUUUGAUUAUGACAAGUUCAGCAAACUUGAUAAAUUGAAGACCCAAUUGUUGUUGAAGAUAAAGACAUCGGUGGUUGACAAUGAUGAAGUCGAUAUUUUGUAG